GUCCACAUUUAAACUGCUGCCUGCCUGUGCAGCAGCUGAAGAACUAUGGAAUGGAUUUUAUAGAUCAAAACCCUUAGUUAAAAUUGCUCAAAACCUUUUCAGUUACUGCCUAGCAACAAAGGAGGAAGGAAGGAAAAGAGGGAGGGAGAGAUAAAUCUCAUUACUCAAUGCAACUGAACCACUACAUUCUAGCACUUGCUGCUUAACAUUAUCGCUAGAAAUAUGGAUACUGAGAAGAGAAUACAGCACUGCAUUGUCCGACAAGGGAAAUACCAGAUGUAAAAGCUUCAAUGCAUCAAUUGUCAGGAACAGACAACCCUCCUCGGAACACAAGCAAGAGCUACUGUUCUUUCAUUUGAAAGAUGAACAAAAGACCAAGAAAUGGACACUUCUAAGCAAGGAAGGUAACACAGCAACGAGCAGACAGAUGGACAGAUUGGAUACCGUGAAAAGCAAUCGCAGGAAGCAGACGUUUGGGGGAUGUGCGCAUGUUCGAUAGCAUCUUUUCUGCUGAAGUGAUGGUGUGCCAAAACUAUUUUCAGUGGGCAUAAUCCUCUCAACGUAAAUGGCCUAACCAAGGAAGCAGGGUGACCCUUUUGCAGAGAAUUACUCAAUGUGAAUAUAACAGAAGAUGAAUACCAAAGAAUAGCAGUGGAUUCAAAAGGAAAGGAAAAAGCAUUUUGUUCAACCAUUAUCUCACAUCCCAUUGUUGGAUAUGUACAACAUGCUUCAGUGGAGAAGACGACACUGCUGUUUUGCAAAAAUGACGUGGAAUACCAAAAGGUCUCUGUUUCGCACCCAUCUUAUUGGUCUGCUUUCUCUCGUGUUUCUUUUUGCUAUGUUUCUGUUCUUUAAUCAUCAUGACUGGCUGCCAGGCAGGGCUGGAUUCAAAGAAAAUCCUGUGGCUUACACUAUUCGAGGAUUUAGGUCUACAAAAAGUGAAACAAACCACAGCUCUCUGAGGAAUAUUUGGAAGGAUACAGUCCCUCAGACUCUUAGGCCUCAGACAGUUACUAAUUCCAACAACACUGACCUGUCACCACAAGGAGUAACUGGUUUAGAGAAUACACUCAGUGCCAAUGGAAGUAUUUACAAUGAGAAAGGUACUGGACAUCCAACUUCAUAUCAUUUUAAGUAUAUAAUAAAUGAGCCCGAAAAAUGCCAGGAAAAGAGUCCUUUUCUAAUACUACUCAUAGCUGCAGAACCAGGCCAAGUGGAAGCUAGACAAGCUAUUCGGCAAACAUGGGGUAAUGAAAGCCUAGCACCGGGUAUCCAAAUUGUUCGCAUUUUUUUGCUGGGCUUAAGCAUUAAACUAAAUGGAUACCUCCAACGUGCCAUACUGGAGGAAAGCAGACAAUACCAUGAUGUUAUUCAACAAGAAUAUUUAGACACUUAUUAUAACUUAACCAUUAAAACUCUUAUGGGAAUGAACUGGGUUGCCACCUACUGUCCAAAUGUUCCCUAUGUUAUGAAAACUGACAGUGAUAUGUUUGUCAAUACUGAGUAUUUAAUACAUAAGCUUCUGAAGCCAGAACUGCCUCCAAGGCACAAGUAUUUUACAGGUUACCUAAUGAGAGGGUAUGCACCUAAUAGGAACAAGGAUAGCAAGUGGUAUAUGCCACCUGAUCUGUAUCCAAGUGAGCGUUACCCUGUAUUCUGCUCAGGAACUGGUUAUGUCUUUUCUGGAGAUUUGGCAGAAAAGAUAUUUAAAGUCUCUUUAAGCAUCAGACGCUUGCACUUAGAGGAUGUAUAUGUGGGGAUCUGUCUUGCCAAGUUGCGUAUUGACCCUAUGCCCCCACCCAAUGAGUUUGUCUUCAAUCACUGGAGAGUUUCUUAUUCCAGCUGUAAAUAUAGCCACCUAAUUACCUCCCAUCAGUUCCAACCUAGUGAACUGAUCAAAUACUGGAACCACUUACAACAAAAUAAGUACAAUGCCUGUGCCAAUGCAGCAAAAGAAAAAGCUGGCAGGUACCGCCAUCGUAAACUGCAUUAAAAAGGACAAUACUCUCUAUAAAAGUAUCCCAUGUGCAAUUUGUAAAUAUUGCUGAAAGCAUGUACAGUGAAAAUGGAUGAGCUUAAUGGGACAAUCUUUAGUUAAGCCCUCAUGACAUAAUGGAGUUUGAAAAUUAUUUUUUUAAUUUUAGAAGAGUAUAAUUCUUGAAGAUAGUAAUAUUAUGAAACUAUAACCAAAAGGUUUUCCAAACAAAUUUGAGGAAAAAAGAUGGUAUACAAGGAUUUUUCUGUGUUAAUGUGCAAUAAUAAGCAUGCACACUUUGGUGGUACACUUGCUAUUUUAUGUGCCAAUAAAAUAUAAUUGAGAAUAUUUUCCACACUAAAUUAUUAAUUUUUUUUAAAUACACACACUGCUCUAAUUCUAAACAGUAUUUCCUCUUCAGCCAUUAAUGAUUUCAUUCUGUUGCCUAGAACUGUUGUAAAUAAAACUAUCCAUGACAAGUUAAGGACAUUUUGUAAGUUUACAAAGAAGUUUUAUUCCUUAACUUCAGAACCAUGUUAAAAAGUGAUUACACAGCUGUUUCACAGGCAAUAGGAAUUAAGUAAUGUGACAUUUACAAUUUGAGAAGAAACUAUCAAUACAUUUUAAAGUACUGAGCACAUACUUUACUACAGUAAGACAAACAAAACCCGCAGUUUAGAAGGCUGAUAUUUUGUGGUGUGACAGCUUGUAAUGUGAACUGAGGCUUAGGGCUUGGCUACACUCAAAACUCCAAAGCGCUGCCGCAGCAGCGCUUUGAAGUGCGAGUGUGGUUGCGGCGCCAGUGCUGGGAGAGAGCUCUCCCAGCGCUGCAUGUACUCCACCUCCCCGUGGGGAUUAGCUUGCAGCGCUGGGAGCCUGUUUACACUGACGCUUUGCAGCACUGUAACUUGCCACGCUCAGGGGCGUGUUUUUUCAUACCCAUGAGCAAGAAAGUUGCAGUGCUGUAAAGUGCCAGUGUAGCCAAGGCCUUAGAUUAAAGUCUAAAUUGAGAAGUCAUUGAUGGUUACUACAAACUCAGUUAUAUUCGGAGGAUGACAUAAUAAUCUUGGUAACAAAGAGCAUCCUAGUCCUAAUACAUUACUCACCAUGCAAGUCCAUUAUAUCUGCUAUUGCAUUCACUUUCUUUGAAGUAGUUAAAGGUGCAUGAAAAAUGCACAACUCAGGACCUCUGAUCUGGUUUAAAAAAUGCUCCAAUUUUUUGGGGGAAAGACUGCAGUUCCCUUCCCCUCUCAAAAAUACUAUUAACUAAGUGAAAAAUUGUCAUUUGAGCAAAGUAAGCAAAAAAUCAUCUUUUCCACAAAGGUGGUAGGGAAGUGAUAAGUUAGCAAAAUUGACAUUUCUGGAUAAUAAGAUGGUCUAAAAAAAUAAAAGGAACACGAGUGCGAUGAAAGUCACUCCUGUGUCCCACUGAAAGUGGCAGUUAAAGAUACAGAUUUAAUAUAUCGGUUUCCACUCUAUCAAUGCACGUACACUGCUACCUCGAUAUAACGGCACCCGAUAUAACAUAAAUUUGGAUAUAACACAGUAAAGCAGUGCUCCAGGGGGGCAGGGCCACGCGUUCCAGUGGAUCAAAGCAAGUUCAAUAUAACACGGUUUCACCUAUAACGCGGUAAGAUUUUUUGGCUCCCAAGGACAGCGUUAUACUGAGGUAGAGGUGUAUUUAGGAAACAUUUCCCAACAGGUUGCUGCCUACUAAUGCUAGAUAUUCUAAGUCACUAUUUGUUGUCACAGUGCCAGGAUACAGCCAUAAACCUUUGAUUUAGUAGAAAACCAUUCUGCAACCUCCAAUAGUACCUUUCUUGGGCAAAAAGAAAAAUUCCUGAAACAUUUGGGGAAUAGUUAUAUUAUUUGAUUCACUUUUAUUAUUUAUUUUAAUAAAAACAGACUGUAUCUAUGGUCACUCAAAUCUUCCUUUACAGGAAGGUUACUCAGAAGGUAGUGGUUAGUCAGUUUCUGCAUUAUUUAAGACUUCUCUGGUUUCCCCUAAUCUUUAUUGCACUGGGUUUUCAAACGAUGUAAGGCACAGAGACUGCAUUUAUUUUUUGGUUGAUCUUCAGGUAAUAAUGGAAAGAGAUCAGAGUCCAUACAGAUACUGUUUACUCUUUACAACCCUUGAUAUGUCUGACCACAAGGCAAGUACUAGUAGGUACGAACAAGCUGAAUUACAGUGGUUGUGUUUGUUCCUCCUAGGGAACACUGCGCUCUUGGGUAACAUGAGUAAUUUGAUUUUAGAGGUCCUGCUGUUUUCUAUCUCGCCACAUUUCUAUAUUCAAUUUAACUACUCAGAUAGUACCACAACCACAGGGUAUGAGCAUUUUCAAAGUAUUAAACAGAACACUCUCUCUUCUUUCCAAGCCUGUAGGAAAAAUUGCUUAACUAGUUUACAGGGCCGGUGGAAGGAUAUUUUGCGCCCUAGGAGAAACUUCCACCUUGUGUCCCACCCUCUGAAAACUAGUAAAUGUAGCAUUAUAAAUAGCCUGUCAGAAGGGGAAAGGGCUUUGUAAUGUUUCUUUUUUACCUUUAAGGCAUUUCAGUUGCUUGCCAUUGCUUUUGAUGGUGUCCCAUUCAAAGUCUUACUGUUGUGCAAAGCUAAACAAUUGAGCCUUGCAUUGCAUCACCAGCCAGGUUAGGCAGGGUGACAAAUCCCCCUUGCCCCAAAGGGCCAUUAUCCCCUGGUGACUAAUUUCUACUCCAAGUCUAUAAAGCAGGCUUUUAAGGUAAAUAUAUUAUUCCUUCAAUAUUACCCAUGCACACAUCUCACUCUUGACAAGUUACCAGCUUUGUGUAGAUCCCCUCCACAUUCCUCUUUGUGGGUAAGUGCCCUGUAAGACACGUGUUGGGUGCAGUGAGUUUGUCAGGCCAGUGGCGACGGCUGUUUGUGAAGAUCAGAGGACCUUUUGCCAAGGGGUGCUGGUGUCACAGUGAGCUUGGAGUGGUUGACAGUAUGGGGCAGGGCACUGAGGCUGGUGG